CAUUAGACAAUACCCUAUUUGCAGAGAGAGAGAGAGAGAGAGAGAGAGAGAGAGAGAGAGAGAGGAAACAGCCAUGUUUUGAGGAAGGAGACAUGCACCAUCUCAAGCUUACAUGACUUCGCCACUUCCCUUUAUUUUUUUCCUCUCCAUUUUUACCAAAUCCAAAGGGCGACUGAUACAACAUGGGAGCUGAGGACACAUAAUACCUUUCCUGCAAUAGCUUAUUGAAGUAGGGUUUUUCAGACAAUGCAAGAGUUCCAUAGGAGAGACUCACCUUACACGUCUUCUUUCACUGUCACUUGCCCUUCUUGGGGGAACUCUGUGUCAAGCAACUCAAAUGUCCAAGGAUCAUCCAUGACAGACAGUUUAAGCUUGACGAUGGAAGUUAUGUCCACUCAUUUCCCCGAGAUGAAGCAAUCCGGGUUUCAGUUGCAGGACCAGGACUCUUCCUCAACUCAAUCCACUGGACAAUCAUCUGCCGAAGUUGCGAGCUUUGGGGAACAUAACCGUUAUGGGCAUAACGUCGUUGCCCACCUUUCAGGGUACGAGGAAAAUGCGGGGAAACCUUCUGGAAGUUACUCAAAGUCCACCUCAUCAAUGGUGUCUCAAGAUUCUGUGUUUCCUCCUGCUCAAGCUUCUUGGCCUCUUCACUGCUCCGAGCCACCACCACAUUUCGGAGGUUUCAUGGCUUCUGCAUAUGCAUCACAACCUAUGAUGCCGCAUCCCCAGAUGAUGGGUUUGAUCCCUUCUAGAAUGCCUCUGCCUCAUAACCUUCCGGAGAACGAACCCAUUUACGUUAACGCCAAACAGUACCAUGCAAUCCUUCGUCGUAGGCAGCAUCGUGCAAAGCUUGAAGCUCAGAACAAGCUCAUCAAGAUCCGCAGACCGUACCUUCACGAGUCUCGCCAUCUUCAUGCGCUGAAGAGAGCAAGAGGCUCGGGAGGGCGAUUCCUCAACGUGAAGAAGCUUCAAGAAACGAAGCCGCCUUCUCCCGCCGCCAACGUUCAUCCGCACCAUUUCUCCAAGAACCCUCCAGAUCCUGGAAUCCGCCCCUCGGGAAUCUGCAGUGGGUCGGGCUCGAUCACGUCUUGUACGGACAUGAACUCGAAACACAACAACGACAUGUUCCAACACCCUCAGUUCAGGUUCUCUGGGUACCCAUGAACCCUUAUGUCUCUGCUCUGUCCUGAUGGGAGAGAGAGAGAGAGCGCUCAAUCUCUGCUCCAUAGAGGGUGUUGGCAAUUUCAUGACGGGAAGUCAUCCUUGGCUGCUACUUUGUUUUUUUUGUAUUAUUGCUCUAAACAUGUUCGCUUUCUACCUCCAUGUCUGCUUUGCUUCUCUGCUUUCAUGGAAGCUAUAUAUAUAUAUAUAUAUAUAUAUAUAUAUAUA